UUUGAAACAGUUGAAGGUGAAGAGCUGGUAGCUGACGAAGCUGCGAAGCAAACGGCAAGGGAUCCCCAAAACUCGAGGCCCCCCCUGAUCCCCGCCCUGCCCCACCCUGAGGACCACCCCCUCCAUCACAACAACGACCCCAACCACCCCAUCAACCAUCUGCCCUUCAACCAGAACAGGCCUACCAUCACUGCCACCAAGACUGUCUACGUUGAGGUGACUAGCCGUGUGACCAAGCACCCAGUGUGCAUUGAGGUUGAGGGCGUGAAGCCCCCCUGCCUGAGCGCCCCCACCAAGUACCACCACGGCUACAACUAUCACGACCAAGGCCACGGCCACGGCCACCGCUCGGGAUCCCAGCACCAGUACACCCAAGAGGAAGACAACUUCCGCGAGGGCGGUCAGGAGCUCCUCAUCAACCCCUCUGCUACUGCUGCUGUGCAACUUUCUGAACCGACCCGCAUCCUAGGGGGAGUUACCCAAUCGGCACCCUCACCCUCAGAGUACACCGAUGUCGAUUCGGAAAGCGACUAUGGAAGCCGCAGCGGCCGCUACCUGCAGCUGCACUCGGCCACGCCCACAGCGCCCCUGGCGAGCGACGCAGACAUCCGUGACGCGCCAGAUGACUCCCAAGGUCAGGGCCAAGGUCGCAUCAUCGAACAGCUGUUGAACCGCCAACCCGAAGUGCACUACGCCACCAAGACCCUGUGGGUGACCAAGGUGGAGAAGUUCAUUGACUAUCGUGUCACCGCCACUCUUGAGGUCAAGAACUGUGUGCCCAGCGAGUUCAAGUUCCCCCAGUGCCAGAAGAUCCAUCACCCACCCGCUCCCCAUCCACACCCACAACCACACCUCCACCCUCACCCACCCACCAGGCCACAUAAGCCCACCAGCUACCGUCCACCACAGCAUCAGGGCAAUGUUCACUACGAGGUGCCCUACCAUGACGAGGAGCCCACCGCUGAGCAGCCAGCUGAAGCCACCCACGACCAAAAGGACGAGAAACAGUGGGUUGAGCCAAACCUGCAGCCCAUUGUUGAUGAUGUUUUCUACAAAGUCUAAAUUCAAUCAACUUUUAUUCAUCUAUUUAUUGAAUCGUCAUCAUCUAUCAUCAAUAUCCCACACACAUUGUUCAUUAUUCAAUGAUCAAUGUAUCACAUUAUUUAUUAUUGAGUAGUAUGAUCAAUGUAUUAUUUAUUAUUAAAAAAUCUUUGCACCAACUUCUUAUCAUAGAAUUAAAAUUGAAGGUUGUUAUUUCAAUAACAAUAUUUAUCAUGACACUCAUUAUUUAUUAUAGAAUGAUUAAUGUAUUAUUUAUUUUUCUGGAUUAUUUGAUAAAUAAAAUAUAUACAGAAACAAAAAAG